AUGGAAUCUGCAGAGGAUGCGAACCUAGUGCCGCCGCCCCACGACGAAGUCGAGGGAGCGGUGGAGCCACUCCACGAACUUGGUGCAGGUGAGCUGGUCGUUUCUACCCAAAUGGAUCUGCGGUACGAAGAAGUGCCCGAGGACGAAGUCCCAGAGGACGAAGUCCCAGAUGCGGAGGUGGACUUAGGUAGAGGGCCAUAG